UCUUUUAAGUUGGAAAAUGUUAGUUUGUAUUGAUCACACAUAGCUCAUAAGCUCUGGCUUCACUGAGGCCAAAGAAAUAUGGCUGAGUCUGUUGUCUCGUUUGCAGCUAAAUGGAUCGGCAAUUUGUUGAUUCAAGAAGCUAAAUCCUUAUAUGGAGUGCGCGAUCAAGUUGAAGAUUUGGUGAGAGAGUUAAGGCGGAUGCAAUGUUUUUUAAAAGAUGCAGAUGCAGAUGCAAAACAAGUAGAAAAUGAGAUUAUCCGUAAUUUGGUUGCGGAAAUCAGAGAAAUUGCUUAUGAUGCAGAGGAUGUGAUAGCAACUUUUGUAUUUAAGGCGAGGCUUUCGAAACCUCGGCGCAAGAUUGGCUCUGAAAUUAGAAGGAUUAAAAGCAAGAUCACUAAGCUUACUGCAGCAUUUCCAACUUAUGGCCUAAUUGCUAUGGCCCCUGAAAGAGAAGGUCCAUGUUCUGCUCUUCAAGGGCAAUUUCAGUUACGACGGACUUAUUCCCAUGUUGAAGAUGAGGAUUUUAUUGGUUUUGAGCAAGACAUAAAGACACUAGUGGAUCAAUUGGUCAGAGAAGAAGCCAAACACCGUAAGGUUGUUUCAAUUUGCGGUAUGGGGGGUUUGGGAAAGACUACCCUUGCUAGGAAAGUUUACCAUCACCAAGACGUUAGGGGCAAUUUUGAAGCCUUUGCUUGGGUCUCAAUAUCACAACAAUGGGAUCGAAAAGAUGUUCUGCAAAGGAUCCUGACUACACUCAUUCCAGAGAAAAGUGGGCAGAUUGUGACUAUGAUAGAUGACCAGUUAGUGAAGUUACUCUAUCAAGUUCAACAAGAGAAAAAAUGCUUAGUUGUUCUUGAUGACAUUUGGUCAUUACGUGCUUGGGAGUGCUUAUCACCGGCAUUUCCUCAAGGAAAUCCUAUGGGCAGCAAAAUAAUCGUUACUACUCGUAAUAAAGAGGUGGUAACAUCUAUGGAUCCAAGUGGUUUUGUCCAUGAACCCAACUGUUUAAGCCCAGACGAGAGCUGGAAGUUAUUUGAAAAAACAAAAACAAAUACUACAGAUUUCGAAGUUGACACAAUGAUGAAGAAGUUAGGAAUAGAAAUGGUUGAACAAUGUGGGGGCUUACCACUAGCCAUUGUAGUACUUGGAGGACUUCUAGGAACAAACUUGACCCUGAGUCAUUGGCAGAAAGUGCAACAAAAUUUUAAUUCAUAUGGAAAAAGGGGAGGAGGACAAGAUGCAAGAGUAUUGGAUGUGUUAGCUUUGAGUUACCAAGACUUACCAUAUCAGGUCAAGGCAUGUUUCCUUUAUUUGGGCAAUUAUCCGGAGGAUUUCAACAUUAAUGCAGAGAGACUAUAUCAAUUGUGGAUGGCUGAAGGCUUCAUAUCCCAAGAAGAAAGAGGAGAAGAUGAAACAAUGAUGGAUGUAGCGGAACGUUACAUGGGUGAACUAGCACAAAGGUGCAUGGUUCAGGUGGAAUUGCAGUCAGAGGAGGAUUCAAUAGUUAGAGGAAGUAGAGGGUUUCGAUAUUGUCGACUUCAUGAUCUCAUGAGAGAUUUAUGUUUGUCGAAGGCAAAAGAGGAAAAUUUUCAUCAGGUCAUUGAAUAUGGGCAUAUGAAUCAGCAAGAGCAUCCCUCUUCUUCAUCCAUGGUAAAAUCAAUUGGUGGUAACACUUGCAGUAAAAUACAGAGACUUGUCAUCAAUCUAGUUAAGAAGGAUAGUAACUUUUGUCUCUUUGAACAAGGAGAAAGAGCUUGGCAUAUUCGGACAAUUUUAUUCUUCAGACGUGAUGUUUGUCAUUAUCCGUCUGGAGAACAAUUGACCCGUUUCUCCAAAGAAUCUAAAUUUCUAAGAGUUAUAAAUUUCGAUGGAAAUCAAGUUUGCAAUUCACAAGGAACAAAAGAGUUACCAAAAGAAAUAGGAAACCUAAUCCUUUUGAGGCACUUGGGUCUAAAUAGGAUUGCAUUCACAAAGUUGCCAUCAUCAAUAGGCAACCUUAGACACUUGCAAACCCUUGAUUUGCGAACAUGCUACCCUAAGGAGAUCAUCCGUGUUCCAAAUGUGUUGUGGAAGAUGGAAGGAUUGGUACAUCUUUAUCUUCCUCAUCAUGGUUUCUUUCGUACAAAAGGCAAACUACGAGUUGAUGGUUUGAGGAAUUUGGAAACGCUAGAAAACUUGUAUUCAAAAAAGGUUAAUGUUAGAGAUCUCUCCAAAUUAACCAAUCUCCGGAGAUUGAAGAAUGUAUGCGUAAAGGGAAAGCUUGAGGACCUAACAAUGGUCAAUAACUACAUCCUUAACAGCAACCAUCAUCGACUACAGCACACAUCGGUUAUUAUUGAAGAUUGUGAUUUGUGUUCGGAAGAUGGAUUAAGCCUCCUAAGACAACUGCUUGGGUGUGUUUGCCUCGUUCAAUUGAAGAUAAAUGGGAUUAUAGGUAAGUUACCACAAUAUGAACACCAGUUAUUAUGCCCAUGCCUCACUUCUUUAUACCUGUCAGGCUCUCAACUUAAGGAAGACCCAAUGGCAACACUGCAGAAGCUACCUAACUUAAGGAUUCUAUACUUAGAUUUUGCCUUUGUAGGAAAUGAAAUGGUUUGCUCUGCUCAUGGUUUUCCUCAUCUUAAGAGUCUAACGCUUUCGCAUUUAGAAAUUGAGGAAUGGACGGUGGAUGACGGAGCCGUGCCUAAACUUUCUUAUCUACGGAUUGCAUCCUGCAAGAAAUUGAAGAUGCUUCCGAAUGGAUUGAGAUUCGUCCCUACCCUCCAAGGAUUGGAGAUUACCUGGAUGCCUAAAGCAUUCAAUGACAGGCUUCGAGUGGUUGAUGGCCUAUAAGGAGAGGAUUUUCACAAAAUUAGCCACAUCCCUUCCAUUCGUUUUUCAAGUGAACAGAAUUGAAGGCAAUGCUGUUUGGGAGGUUCUUGUCACUGCAGGAGUUCAUGUUCAAAAUCCAGAUUGGGGAAUUUCAUUUACCAAACAGCUAAUUUGUUGCCGGAUGAUGAUAUCGUCUUAGUGCUUCCUACUAUGCUGCUUCUUCAACCUUGAUGGCAGAGGCAACGAGCUUGUCUGGAAGCUCUUAGAUGGUUCAAGCAUAUAUCAAUGGAUAUCUGUGUGGUGUUCACUUGUUGACAAAUAUAGUUCUAAUUAAUCUGGUGAAGUUACUUUGGCUGGAGACUUGUGUGGACUUUAAUUUGUUUGGAAGACAUUAAAACUAUAUGUAAUUUGUUUGCUUGUUUAAGUUUUUAUUUUGUUGUUACUAAAGCUACUUGGUAGGCUGUUCAUGCAGCUCAUGUUCUACCUAAUAAGUUUGCUUUCAAUAAGAUCAGUUAGUUUGUCAUGUACUUGUUUAGUUUUAUAUAUUUAUGGGUAAAAUUAUAUUUGUGGUCUCUA